AGAACUAUAUAAAGGACAUGGCUAGUGUACAUAGUGUAAGCGCAGAACAGGGAGUGCAAAAAGAAAGAGAAACUUCUCUUUGUUUUGCAUCUUUUUAUUCUCAAGCCUUCCAGACUGCUUCUCCUUUUGGAUUCCAGCAAACCCCAAACUAACGUGCAGAAAUGAAUGCAGCAUCAGCAGAACCCAAGGGCGCCAAUGCCAACCUUCCCAAGUCGAAGGAGAAAGAGACUAGACUGUUCAAGAGUAAGGCUCCCAAAGCUGGACAGAAGCGAUUUGAUGAUAUUCCUGGGAUGGACGGCAUCAGAGAUGCUGAAGUCAUCUGCCCUUGGGAGGGUUUUGGUGAAAUGGAGCUGAGUGAUCUGGCCCAGUUUGGCAUCGUCUAGACCAUAUGUGUCAAUCUUAAGGCCCGGGGACCAGUUGCGGCCCGCCACAUCAUUUUAUGUGGCCCGCGAAAGCAAAUCAUGCUCGUCAACUUCCGUGAUUUCUGCUGAAAUCUGUACCCAAAUUCCAAAUUGUCAUAAUAAUAAACAAUAAUGUUGAGAUAUUGCAUUUUUCUGUUACCAAACCCUUCUUCUACAGUAACAAACAAUACUUGAACAAUCUAUUAUCCUUGUCUUCUGAUUUCAAAACUAAUUAUCCCUCAAUUUGUUGUGUAAUGGUAAUAAUAUGAUUUGGUGAUUAAAUAUUUAUAUGGUUUCACUGUUCUAAUGGCCCUCUGAGGGAAAUCAUAAUUACAAUGCGGCCCGAGACAAAAAUGAGUUUGACACCCCUGGUUGAGACGAUGUGCCACUAAAAUAGAGUUUAUAAUAGGUGGCUACGAUCCAGCAGAUUCAAAGCUCUUCUCUUUGACUGAUGGACAUUAGCUGAUAUCGGUUAGUGAGUGGGAACAGUUGAUGCUCUGAGAUGGAGGAAGCUUUUGUACACCAGUCCAGAAGAUUAACUUUUCACAUUCUGGGCCACUUGGUACAGCUGCAAUUUUAAGUAAAUCUCAAGAUGUCUCUGUUGUGAGGUUGUUAUCCUGUUUAGCCCAGUACUUGUAAAAGAGGGUGAAAAACACACUGUACUGCUGCUUGGGUUUAACUACAUGGAUAAUAGUUGAACAACUGAGACAGCAACAGUAUAGUCAAAUCUUAUCUAUCCAUCUAUCCAUCUAUCUAUCUAUCUAUCUAUCUAUCUAUCGUUGAAUGCUGUGUUUAAUGAAAUAUGAUAAUAAAGUCAUAUUACUGUUUCA